AUGGAAGAACUACGAAAACAAUUACGGCGUUUAGAACGAUUCCGAGACGUAUCAUUUGGUCCACAUUCCGUUGCUCGUCAUCCAAGCGAACCACAGGAAUCAUGGUUCUUCCGUCGCAGGUCACUACCCAGUUUCAGCGAUUCAGGGCACGCUAACUCAAUGCAUGAGCAUCUAAGAAAAAUGCGUUCGGGUCAGUUUGAUAAAUCACCGCCCCCUCGAAAUUUGAAUGAGCCAAACGAUAAUGAAACAAAACAUAUCAUUGCGGGUGGAAAACAACAAUUCUACAAGUUGCCGAAAAUUCGCUGUAACGACAAAACUUCAGCGGUAAACAAAAAUUUCGAGGCAGUAUUACUGCCGGUUAAUAGGAGUGCUUCUAAGCCACGUUCAUCGCGAUCGACAAGCAAAAAAAGAAAUGAACCAAUUCGUGUACAAAAAUUAAAGCCAGUAGUAAGUGCGGCAAAACCUUCGACAUCAUUAGAAAUUGUCGGUACACCAGUAACAUCAGGUGAACGACGAAAACCACGAGAAACCGUAAAAACUAUUACUAAGAAAUCUCCAAAAACAAAAGUGAGUGCUGAAGAGGUAAAAACAAAAAAUACUCUCGAAGCGGCUCAGAAGGAGACUCCUUUUGAAUCAAAACCAGAACCACGAAUUGUUCCGAUCAGUAGUACAUUUGUUAAAACUACUCUAGACGAAUCAGCGAUUAGUGUGUCAACAGGUCCAGUUGAUACAAAAAAUGUGAAUGAAAUAAAUGAAGAAGAAAUAUUCAAAUCACAUGGUGAAGAGACAGAAGCUGUACCAGAAAUUAGCACAAAAAUAGAAGAACCUGCAACUCAAAUUGAACGGGAAGAAAAAUUACCGGAAACACCUGAGAUACAAAAAGAAGUCCCAAAAGACGAAGGAAAUGAGGAGCUUGAUUUUAGAAGGAUCUCAGAAAGCGAAACUGAAACUGCUUUAUUGUCGAACGUACUAGAAGCUAAGUCCCUUCCCGAAGAACCCAGUGGAGAGCAUCUAAAGCCAGUUCACGCUGAAGAAUUGACUGAAGCUGAAGAAGAGGAACAGAAAAGGCCGCAAGAACCUUCUGAUUCAGCAGAAGCCUCUGAUAGUGGAAAAGAAGAGAAAGGAACGAAACAGUCUGCAGCUGAACUUUUGCCAACAGAAUACCCUCAGGGAGAAGAACAUCACAUUAAUCUAGACACUGCAGUAGCCUCAGCAUCGUCAGAAGAAUUUACCAAGCAAGAAUUAUACGCAGGUGGAAGGGAGGAUGAAAUCGUGCAAAAAGAAAAGAAAAUCAGUGAAGAACAAGAAGGAAUGUCACCUACGCAUAGUAUCGAUCGGCACGAAAUCGCAGAAGAAUCUGAUGCUAUGAAAUUGGAGCAUUAUGCUCCAGUAGAACAGACAGAAGUUAAGGAGGAGUCACCAAAAGAUACAAUCUCAGAACAAACGGAAGAGUUCCAUAAGUCGUCGCAGUCCCCUAUCGAAAGUCCAUCUGAAGAACUAAUCCAGCCCAAAUUAGAAUCCAUUAAUAAAGAAGAACGUGACACUGAAGCUGAAAAAAGUAACGAAUUUCCAAAGGACAAUGAGGCAGAAUUACGCGAUAUUAAGAAAGAUGAAAAAAUUUUGGAAUCACAAGUGGCAAGCGAAAAUCUGCUGCAGAGUGAAGUAGAACCUCAUCCUAUAGACAAUGACCUACCGCAUAUGCUUGUAUCGCAGGAAGUGCAGAUGCCUGGAGAUGAUGAAACUCGACCUGACAAAGACGCUGGUAUCAGCUCUUUAGGAGCAGAGGAAACCAUGUCUGUAGAGAAUAAACAUUAUGUACUAGAAAAAGAAGUCGAAGCAUCGAUGAUUGAAGAUGGCAAGCCACUUUCCAAAAGUGAGUGGGAUGAAGUACUUUCCAACAAACCAGAUUCCUCCAUAGGCGGAAGUGACACUGAAAACAAAGGCUCAUAUCCAAACGUUGAACAGCAAAGACCAAAUGAAGGUUAUGAGACUUCCCUAAGUGAGCUGUUAACUUAUGACUCUAAUGAAGCAAAGGUUAGCGUACAGGAAAAAGAAUCUCCUACAGUACCCGAAAUGACGAAACCGACAUCCGAAUCUGUAGUAAUUCAGUCUUUUCUCGAACAGGAAAGCUCUUUACCUUACACAACAGAGGAAGGUCGUGUCAGCCAAGUGAAGGAAGAUGAGACUCCUGCUUCACUAAAUAGUGCAGAAAUUCAAGAAGUUGCAACGGCUGAUCUAGAAAAAAAUAUUCCCGCUGAGAAACUGAAUGUGACGGAAGACGUCGGAAGUGCGCCUGAAUCAGUCACCAGCGACGCUGAUGAUCAUCAUGACGACCUCUCGCAACAUUUAAAGAGUUUAGCCUCUGAAGAAGCUACAUCCAAAACACCGGUUUCUACUCCAACGAAAGAGGCACACGGCAGUGACGCAAAAGAUGGAUCAGCAGUAAUUCACAAAGCUAUUCACAGACUAGAAAGUGAAAGCGAUAUUCAGGAUAAAAAGGUAGAGCUUUCAGCACCAGAUGCUGUAAGUCCCGGUCCGUCAGAAACAGAAAUGCUAACCACGGGCCAAGAAGAUGUAGAACAGCAUAGAGCAAAACGAGAUGUUGAAGACGAGACAUUAAAAGUAACAGUAGAAAAGUUGGAAAAUGAAGACUUAAAUGCAGAGACCCUGAACACUCAAGAUGAGGAAGAAUAUGAAAAAGCCGAAGACAGUUCCUUGAUACAAGAAAAAACCGUCCGGGAGGACUUCAGAGCACUUGAUGCAAAGGGUGAUAGUGGAAACACGUCGAGUGAUACGGAAGGUGCUGAUGCCACAAUGUCGGACUAUGAAGAGGGAGAGAGAAGCAGUCAACCAGAAGAGGAUAAGAAACAUGAAGAUGAGCCAGCGAACGUAACAACGGAAGAGGAAACCGGAGUCCCUGAGCUUGAUUUAAAGCUUAGUAAGCAUGAACAUUCUGAAGAAGAAAUUUUGGGCACAUCUGAGAAACACCAAAAAAUAGUUGGAGAGAAGGAUUACGAAGAAGAAUUGCAAGAAUCAUUGUUAAGCAGAGUGGAAAGGGAUAGUGAACCAACAGGUAUCCAUCCAGAUACAGAAGGAGCACUUCUGAGUAACAGUGGCACAGAAGACGACCUAGUGACAAAACAUGAUGAUGUCGAAUCUUUAUCUGGAGAAGUUACUGGUGAACAAAGAAUGAGAUCAACGGACUGGCUUAGUGGUGCUUCCGGAUCGAUGAAUAAGGCAGCUCUCGAAGUAGCAGUCACAGAGACGGAGGAAAUAAAUGGUAAUAUACCGAAGAAGACUGUUGAAGGAGAAGAGGGAGACCACACAGUCUCAUCGGAGGCUCGUGAUAGCGACUUAAUGGAAACUACAGAGGCCAUCGCACAGCUAAUAAGAGCUGCAGUAGAAUCAGUCCACAAAAAAGAAGAAAAUGCAAAUAUUGCCAAAAAUAUUGUAGAUGACGAUGAUACUCAUAAUAAUAACGUUGUUCAUCAAACUGUUAAAGAGUCGGAUAAUUUUUUGGAAGAACUGGCAAAUGCAACUUCGCUGAAUAAAAAAAUUAGUGAACGAAAAGAAGGAUCGCUGAAUUCGUCAGAAAUUGAUGAUAAUAUUUCAACAAUCGACACUAGCAUUAUCAACGAGAGUCCAAAAGAAAAUCGAAUUAUUAUCGGUAGAGAUUUGGACACUGAUGAUGAGCAUAACAACGAAACUGGAAGAAGUACAAUCUAA